AUGCAAUCCACUAAUGUGCCGACAGGUGGGAGUUUUGGAGUGGUGUACAAGGCCAUUGACCUGUCCACCGGGGAGAUUGUCGCGAUCAAGCAUAUUGAUCUCGAGUCUAGCGAAGACGACAUCCAAGAGAUUCAGCAGGAGAUCUCCGUCCUGGCCACCUGUGCCAGCUCCUUUGUGACACAAUACAAAGCCAGUUUUCUCAAGGGUCACAAGUUGUGGAUUGUCAUGGAAUACCUCGGAGGGGGGUCAUGUCUGGACUUGGUACGUGUGGAUCUCUGCCCUCUUGUUUCAUUACAGUCACUGACAUGCAAUCAGCUCAAACCAGGGGUCUUCAACGAAGCGCAUGUGGCCAUCGUCUGCCAGCAGCUCCUCCAGGGGCUCGAUUAUCUCCACACCGAAGGAAAGAUCCAUCGCGACGUCAAAGCCGCAAAUGUCCUACUCUCAAACACGGGGAAAGUGAAGCUGGCGGACUUUGGAGUCGCGGCGCAGCUGGUCAACAUCAAGUCACAGCGCAAUACCUUUGUGGGGACACCGUUCUGGAUGGCGCCGGAAGUAAUCCAGCAGGCUGGAUAUGACUUCAAGGCGGAUAUUUGGUCACUGGGGAUUACCGCGAUCGAGAUGAUCAAUGGCGAGCCACCACAUGCCAGCACCCACCCGAUGAAGGUCCUCUUUCUCAUUCCGAAGCAGCCUGCUCCCAGGUUGGAGGGCAAUGAAUACAGCAGUACAUUUAAGGAUUUCAUUGCGCAAUGUCUGAUCAAGGAUCCGGACCGCCGGCCUAGUGCGAAAGAGCUGUUGAAACACAAGUUCAUUCGCAAUGCAGGGAAGACCGAAGCACUGCAGGAGCUUAUCCAUCGCAAACAGGACUGGGAUGCCGGUCGAGGGGUAAACAAGGAUGUCAAGUACUAUGCAGAGUCCUUGAACACCAUGACCAAGCUCGACGCCGCCGAUGACGACGAUUGGGUCUUUGAUACCGUCAAAGCUCCGAGCAUGUGGGUUCCUAAGGGCACCGACUGGACGACCUUGGAUGAAGAGGACGAUGCCGAUCCGGCCGAACUGUUGAAGGAUAUGCACGUCUCUGCACCUCUUGCCAAACCACCACCGCCACCUAAGCACCAGCCCAAUUCCACCGUCCGACGAGCACCGGAGCCCGAGAGGAGCCCUUCCGUGCGCCGGGCCAACACCAAGCGUCGAUCCAGCGGCGUCAAGCAACCCUUAGGGCUGGACUUGAGUUUCGGCAAUAGUCCGUCAACUGUUCGGCAAUUCCGUCGUGUCUCGGACAAAGUCCCCAACGAUACUUCUUUCUCGUCCAAGGCCUCCCAGGGCUAUGAUGAGAAUGUCAGUCCGAAGGUUCUCGCGGCCGAAUCCAAUAGCAAGGAAGCUCAACUUGGUCGCCGCGCAUAUAGCAAGGCUAUCGGCCAUUCUUGCCAAGAGAUCCUCUCCACGACCGGCGAUGGCGAGAAGCGGGAGGCCAUCUCCCGGCUGGCGGAGGCGUUCAGUGAUCUGGAGAUGGUUGACCCGGAGGGUCUUUAUCACAUUAUCCGGACGAUGAAUGAGAGACUGCAAGCGUAG